UUGUCAGAACAGCUGGUGGGGGCUCGUGCGAAGGGGCUCGCGCCGAGCGGUUGGCUGGUCGAUGGGGGAAACAACAACAAGCUAGCAUCAUGAGGGUCCCUGAAACACUGAUCGGGGUCGUUUUUCUCAUCCAAAAGGUGGUGGGAGAGUAUGGCAUGGCCCAUUUCAGUGACAAGGGCAAGAGCAAAGGAAAGGAUUACUGCAUAUUCUUCAACUCGCAGUGGGCUCGUCUACCUCAGGACCUCAAUAAGGCAUCACGUCUUCAGAUCUAUGACCUGACAACAUCGGUCCUGUGCUCGCUCUCUGAAGUCCCGGAGGGAGGCUUCCCAAAUCGCAUCCCCAUGGUGAUGAGAGGCAACUGCACUUUCUACGAGAAAGUCCGACUAGCCCAGCUCAACGGCGCCAAGGGCCUGCUCAUUGUCAGCAAGGACAGACUGACACCACCUGCAGGAAACAAGACUCAGUAUGAGGAGAUCGACAUUCCUGUGGCACUGCUCAGCUACUCUGAUAUGCUCGACAUAAGCAAGACCUUUGGUAAAGGAAGACAGGUUGCCAUGUAUGCACCCAAUGAACCGGUGCUGGACUACAACAUGGUGAUCAUCUUUUUGAUGGCAGUAGGAACAGUUGCCAUUGGAGGUUACUGGGCCGGCAGCAGAGACAGCAAGAAGCGCUACAUGAAGCACAAGCGGGACGACGGUGCGGAGAAGCAGGACGAGGAGACGGUUGACGUCACCCCGAUCAUGAUCUGUGUGUUCGUGGUGAUGUGCUGCAGUAUGCUGGUGCUACUCUACUUUUUCUAUGACCGCCUGGCCAUUUGGGUCAUAGCCAUCUUCUGUGUGGCCUCCUCUGUCGGCCUCCACAGCUGUCUGUGGCCUUUUGUCAGGAGACUCCCGUUCUGCAAGUGCAGGGUCCCGGAGAACAACUUGCCGUACUUGCACAAACGGCCGCAGAUCCGCAUGUUGCUGCUGUCGGCGCUCUGCAUUGGUGUCAGCAUCACCUGGAUGGUGUUUCGCAAUGAAGACCAGUGGGCGUGGGUGUUACAGGACGCCCUGGGGAUCGCCUUCUGUCUCUACAUGCUCAAAACAGUCAGACUCCCCACAUUUAAGGCUUGCACCUUACUACUGUCAGUCCUUUUUGUCUAUGAUGUUUUCUUCGUAUUUAUUACACCCUUCUUAACAAAGAGUGGGGAAAGUAUAAUGGUGGAGGUAGCGGCUGGUCCCUCUGACUCCUCCACACAUGAAAAGCUUCCCAUGGUGCUCAAAGUGCCAAGGUUAAACUCUUCUCCCCUGGCUCUGUGUGACCGGCCCUUCUCCCUCCUGGGUUUUGGUGAUAUCUUAGUACCAGGUCUCUUGGUGGCGUACUGUCACAGGUUUGACAUUUUAACUCAAUCCUCCAGGAUCUACUUUGUGGCCUGUACAAUCGCAUACGGCAUCGGCCUGCUGAUCACCUUUGUGGCCCUGGCCGUGAUGCAGAUGGGUCAGCCGGCCUUGCUCUACCUGGUGCCUUGCACUCUGCUCACCAGCCUCACUGUAGCACUGUGGCGCAGGGAGUUGCCCCAGUUCUGGACUGGAAGUGGAUUUGUGCCUGCCAUAGCGCUCGCACCGAUCAACUGUACACAAACUGCAGCGCCGCAGACAGAGGGGUCCUCGACUAAACCGGAGCCUCAAACCACAGAAGCCACCAGUCAGAGCGAAGACUCACCCCGGCACUCGCCUCAGGAAACGCCGCUAGCCAAGAAAGACGAAGAGGGAAACAAAUCUGACUGACAGGACGUCUAGUACGGCAUUUACCAUUUCACUUCAUGUUUUAUUCGUUGUUGAGGUUUUUUUUUGGUGUCUCAGUCAAUGGACAUUUUAAGUACGGACAUUUAUUUGCACUUGGUGCGAAGGGAAGAGCAGGAGAUCUGUUUUCUGAAUGGCUGGCUCAGCGGGGCACCGGGAUUGGACACGUGAAUUUGAGGCAUUUAAAACUGACAAAACACAUCCGAGUAUUAAAAAAAACCCGCACAGCAGCGGCAGCAACACCUUCUUCUACAUACAGACAACAUGCAGUCUGUACCACCUCUAAAAAGGGAAUGAAAAGAGACAUCUGGAAGCCACACAAGCUGCUGAACAACAGAUACUCCCAUUAAAGCCUGAAGGCCCGGUCACACCAGCGGUUAAAACGGCGACAUUUAACAGCAAAUAUCAAAUAAUUUCAAUGGAAUCUCUGCGGUUAACGGUCAGGGUGAGUUAAAGUCCCCGCUAUCAUAUCCUAUUAGUGGUGUUGCUCCAUACAGUUUUAUUUAACCUCCUCUGAUGAGAAUUCAUCUGCAUCUAAUCUUUUUUUUUUAUAUAUAAAAGGACCAGUGUUUAGGAUUUCGGGGGAUCUAUUGGCACAAACCAUUAAUUAUAUUUUCAUUAGUGUAUCAUCGCCUGAAACUAAGAAUAGACAAAUCAAAGACUGGCUCUAGAAAGGACCUGUCACAUGUUCUCCUACAGGUUUGGGAAGGGAGGGGUGAGUGAAGGUGGUUGCAAUCUGCAAUCUCACCGCUAGCUGCCACUAAAUCCUGCACUCUGGUCCUGUUGUAACAAAAAGAUUUGCAGGUUUCAGGUUCUCAGUUGUGACGAUUUGAGGCUUUUUUUGUCAAACAUGAAGGUAAACUGAAUGUCUUUAUCGUUUCUUUAUCAAAUAAUCAAAAUUAAAAAGGGAUAUUUUCAUUAUUUUCUGACAUUUUUGAGACAAAACGAUCAAGUAUUGGCAGUUGGACAAUCGGCAGAUUUAUCUAUAAAUGCUAGUUGCAACCCUGCACUGUUAGCAAACAACCUUAUGAAUUGAGAGCUUUCUGUCCUCCUUCAGUAAAUCAAAUUAAAUUAAAUUGUGUACAAGCCUAAGAAAUACCAGGGGGGAGUUACAGUCGUCGUUGGUGAUCACAAUGUCACCAAACGUCUAGAACCAAAUAUUUUGCUGUGCCACUUUCUGGUGUGACGGGGCCUUAAAAGGUCUGAAUGUGCUUUUAAAUGAACUUGUUCGUACAUGAAAUGUCGUCUGAAGACCAAAUGUGUUUAUAGCUGUUCCAAACAGCCGCAUGUGAAGAGUUUAAACGGCCUGUUGUCAUAGAGAUACAAUGCUCAAAUGGAGGUAAGGUUUAAGUUGUUGCACUAUUCAUUGUUGGUUUUAGUCCAAUGUUGGGAAGGUGGGUUUGAGACGCUGUUACAGUUCAAUAAAGCACUUCCUUUGAAGCAUACGGAGACUCUUCAGCACACAAAUACACAACCAACCACAUAACAAAGCCUCCAUUACAUCAUAAACACAGAAUAUAAAGUACAGCAGUGAAGAGUUUCACACCCUUUAAAAUGUGGUGCUAUCAUGGUUGUUGACUGAGCCAAAGCCAUUAGAUUCCUUUUUCUUUUUAAACUGAAGCAUUUGUUGUUUUCUCAUCUUACUUUUGGUAUAUUUUGGUUUUGCAUGCUAUGAUUUAGAUUUUUUUUUUGCCCUUUUAUAUAAAAGCAGUGUAUAAUCUAUAGUGCAGACUUUGUGAACAUUGUCGGUGGUGCGACCGCCACAGAUUUGCUCCCCAGUAGUUAAUCAUAUUGUCUUAAGAAUUUGUUUUUCGGCCUUAAAUGUGUCCGUGUCGGGAGGUACAAGCAGAAUGUGUAAAAGUUUCUUUAUAAAGAAAAACAAACUACUGUACUGUACUUUAAAUGAUGACGUGCUGCAGUUUAAUGUGUGAGCGGAGGAGCGUGUGAUGGGUUACCAAUGUUCAUAGAUUAGUUUGUAUGACGCAUUUGCACAAUAUUUUUGAAUUCAUGUGCCGACGGAAGUUGUUGGUUCAUGUCUGUAUAUGUUUAUGUAUAAUCCAUAAAAAAAAAAAAAGGUUUAAAGCAACGGAAACCGAGGUAUCAAUAUAUCCAAUAUUCAUUCAUUUAGUUUUUCUAAGUCACUUCAUUGUCUAAACAGAAUACAUAUUAAGAGAUAUUUCUGAUUCUCAUUCAUUUAUGAUGCCUAUUAUCCAACAUUUCUGUGUAGAAGUUGAGGUCAAAAGGUCAAAUGAGAGCAAGUUUAGUUGUCUGGAUGUGUGCCCUCGCUGAUUUCCAGGAGAUUAUUCAUUCACCAGUAUAGUUUGUUGUCACCAAGUGGUUUUUAAUGCCUCUGUUGAGGAAUACGUAUAAUAAAGAAACAUUGUAUCUGA